ACAACAGGAGACUGACUGAACUUUAGAGAGAGAAAACUCAAGGACCUGCAAGAAGAAAGAAACACACAGAAACAUAAAAUCCAUGAAUCUUCUUGAUAAUAAUAAAAGCUUCUGGAGAAUUGUAAAAUGGGAAAAAUUCAUCCAAGCUAUUUACGUGCAAGAGCUUCACGUCUUCAAGUCAUUGCUCUCUUUGCUUUAGCUUUGUUUUCUCUCACUCUUCUUUUCCUCUUCAAGGUUGAUCAAACAAGAACAGUAGCAGGACACAACUUAGAACCAACACCAUGGCAUCCAUUCCCACAUAAAGAAUUCAAUGAUGGUUCAAGAUACACAAGAACUUCUAAAUUCAUUGAAUGUUCGUAUCUAACUUGUCGUAGAUACCCCGACAAUAACAACAAUCUUAAUGAAUCAUCAUCAUCAUCAGCAGAUCAAUCUAAGAAUUCAUGUCCGUCAUUUUUUCGUUGGAUACAUCAAGAUCUUGAACCAUGGUCUAAAUCUGGAAUUUCAUUAUCUACAUUUAUGGAAGCCAAAAAAUCAGCUGCAUUUAGGAUAACAAUCGUCGAUGGUAGAUUGUAUGCUGAUUUUUAUUAUGAUUGUGUUCAGAGUAGAGCUAUGUUUACAAUAUGGAGUUUCUUACAACUUCUUAAAAGAUAUCCAGGAUUAGUCCCAGAUGUUGAUCUUAUGUUUGAUUGUAUGGAUAGACCUGUUCUGAAUCGAACAGAGUAUUCUGGGCAAAUUCCGCCUCCGUUGUUCCGUUAUUGCACCACCAAUGCUCAUUUCGAUAUUCCAUUUCCUGAUUGGUCUUUCUGGGGUUGGCCGGAAGUGAACAUAGAACAUUGGGAUGAUGAAUUUAGAAGCAUAAAACAAGGUUCUCAAGCUAAAGAAUGGAUAAAGAGGUGGCCUCGAGCUUACUGGAAAGGAAACCCAGAUGUUCUAUCUCCUGUUCGUACGGAGUUGAUGCGUUGUAAUCAUUCUAGGUUUUGGGGAGCCCAGAUCAUGCGUCAGAAUUGGUUGGAAGAAGCAAAGGGUGGUUAUGAGCAGUCUAAACUAUCUAAUCAGUGUAAACAUAGGUAUAAAAUUUAUGCAGAGGGUUAUGCCUGGUCUGUGAGUUUGAAAUACAUAUUGUCUUGUGGCUCUCUUACAUUAAUAAUAUCUCCAGAGUAUGAAGAUUUUUUCAGCCGUGGUCUUUUACCAAGAGAAAACUAUUGGCCUAUCUACCCAACAACAGACUUAUGCCGAUCCAUAAAGUUUGCUGUUGACUGGGGCAACAGAAACCCUUCCGAGGCUGAAACCAUUGGGAGAGGCGGACAAGACUUCAUGGAAAGUUUAUCGAUGGAAAAAGUGUACGAGUAUAUGUAUCACCUUAUCAGUGAGUACUCUAAGUUGCAACAUUUCAAGCCAUACCCACCUUCAUCUGCUCAAGAAGUGUGUAUGGAAUCUCUUCUCUGCUAUGCUGAUCCAAAGCAGAGGGAUUUUCUUGAAAGGUCAGCUACCUCAACUUCGUCAUCGUAUCCAUGCACACUCCCACCUGCCGAUCCUGACAUCAUAAAAACUUGGAUACGGAAAAAACAGAAAGUCAUUGCAGAUUUACAGAAAUUGGAGAAGACAUGAUGAGCAAAUGUAGAUACGUUCUUACCGCAGUUAAUGAGAUAUACCGGUUUCUUCCCUUUUCAUUUUUUUGGAUUAGGAAGAUUCCAGGACAAUACUUUCUGCCUUCCUGGUUCAAUUUGUUUUUGUUAUAAAAUGUUACAAUGUAGUACAUAUCCUACUUCAGCAUGAAACAAGAAUCCAGGAUUAUUACAAAAGAAAAUCCUCCUGGUAAUGGAAACUGUUGUCCUGUAACCCAAAUAUUUCAUCUACCCUGGUACCUAAUGCUAUAGAAGAAGAGUCUUGUCUGAC